AUGCGGUCGUUUACACCUCUGGUUCUGAGCCUUCUGGGGGCUGCUGCGGCUGUCUCCGCCACGGAGCCCGCUGAUGCUGCGGACUCUAAUGUCAUUUCCUUGACCAAGGAUACCUUUGACGACUUCGUCAAGGAACAUGACCUGGUCCUUGCCGAGUUCUAUGCCCCGUGGUGCGGCCACUGCAAGGCUUUGGCUCCUAAGUACGAGGAGGCUGCGACGGAGCUGAAGGGCAAGAACAUCCCCUUGGUUAAGGUGGACUGCACCGUUGAGGAGGAUCUCUGCCAGAUCUACGACGUUGAUGGAUACCCGACUCUGAAGGUCUUCCGUGGCCCCGAUUCGCACAAGUCCUAUGGCGGCGCCCGCCAAACUGAAUCGAUUGUCUCCUACAUGACCAAGCAGUCGAUGCCCGCCGUUUCCAGCGUGACCGAGGAGAACCUGGAGGACUUCAAGACCAUGGAUAAGAUCGUCAUCGUCGGCUACGUGUCCUCUGAUGACAAGACCGCGAACAAGAGUUUCACCUCGCUCGCCGAGUCCCAAAGAGAUACCUACCUUUUCGGUGCCUCCAACGACGCCGCUCUCGCCAAGGCCGAGGGUGUCAAGCAGCCCUCGGUUGUUCUCUACAAGGAUUUCGAUGAGAAGAAGGCUGUCUACGACGGCAAGCUUGAGGAGGAGGCCAUCCUCAAGUGGGUGAAGACCGCCAGCACUCCCCUGGUUGGCGAGCUUGGCCCUGAGACCUACUCCAUGUACAUGGCGGCCGGUGUCCCGUUGGCAUAUAUCUUCGCUGAGACUGCCGAGGAGCGCGAGAAGUUCGCUGAGGACUUCCGCCCCAUCGCCGAGAAACACCGUGGAGCCAUCAACGUUGUGACUCUUGACGCUAAGCUCUUCGGCGCGCACGCUAGCAACCUGAACCUCGAGCCCGAGAAGUUCCCUGCCUUCGCCAUCCAGGAGACCACCAAGAACGCCAAGUACCCCUAUGACCAGUCUAAGAAGAUCGACGCCAAGGAGAUCGGCAAGUUCAUCAAGAAUGUCCUCGACGGCAAGGUUGAGCCUAGCAUCAAGUCCGAGCCCAUCCCCGAGUCCCAGGAAGGCUUCGUCACUGUCGUCGUGGGCCGUAACUACCAAGAGGUCGUCAUCGACAACGAGAAGGAUGUUCUUGUUGAGUUCUACGCCCCCUGGUGCGGACACUGCAAGUCUCUUGCUCCCAAGUAUGAAGAACUCGCCGCUCUGUACAGCGAUGCCGCCGACAAGGUUGUGAUUGCUAAGAUUGACGCCACUGCCAACGAUGUGCCCGACUCCAUUACUGGGUUCCCCACUAUCAAGCUCUACCCGGCCGGUAAGAAGGACGAGCCCGUCGAGUACGCCGGCUCGCGCACCGUCGAGGAUCUUGUUCAGUUCAUUAAGGAGAACGGCAAGCACGAGGUAGACGGCCUGCCCGAGGGCGCCAAGAAGCCCGAGGAGCGUGCCGAUGUCACUGUUUCGGAGUCCAAGGCCGCCGAGACUCCCGCUCCUUCCGACAAGGAGGCUCACGACGAGCUGUAA